CCUAAAAAUAUCGUCGCCAUAUUGGUAUUGUCAAAAAGUUCGGGAUCCAUCGGUGUGAAGGAAAAAAUGGUUUUUCUUUUCAUACAAUGCGUAUUGGAACCGUCCGUGCAUUCUAAUUGAUAAAGCUGUGACCUUAGAUGUUUCGUUUACACUAUUUCGUGUACAGAACACUUUUUGAAUGAUGUUUUCAAUGGGAAAAUGUUCGGACCGUAGUAGGUCGGGUACUGAUUCAGAGGCCGGUGGUUUGGUGAAGACGUCUCUGCCUACGGACGAGGUAGCGUCUGCGGUAGCGGCGGUGUCUGACGAGAUCGGUGAUAUCUUGAAGGAUGAGCUAGGGGACGCUGAGCUUGCAGACCUCAACGCGGAGCUCGAUCUCCUCGUGGAACUGGCAGACGCUCCGCAAGAAGACUUUCCAUCUCUAUUCGAGAUCGCUAUUGGUCACCGCGCCUCUGGUAGUGGUUCCUCGUCAUCAUCAUGGUCGGGAGGCAGGGGGGGCAGGUCGAGACGGCCCCAUCGUCCGCAGCGCGUGUCACGGAGGCGUCCUAUCGCUAAAGGGAAAGAAAUGUGCCGGCGGCGCAGCGCGGUGGCGCGGCGCGCGGCGUCGCUGCGCGUGCGGCGCGUGGAGGUGGUCUCGGACGCGUCCGACGUGGGCGCCGACUCCGACUCCGACGACCAGUGGACCGAACUCGACAACUCUGGCAGCACUGAUACCUCUUCGGGCAAGGAUAUAGGCGGAUUGGACAUUGAAUGUCCGUCUUAUCAGCACAAAGGAUCGCAGGUGGACCCCCCAGCGAUGGGCCAGUUCCUGUUGCCGCUUCUCAGUGCUGAUCCGACCGCGCCUGACCCUGAACACUUUCUGAUCCGGCACGAGGAUAUACUGCAGCUUCUCGCAUCUGCAGAGGACAGUGUUCGGGACGAAAUGCCUCUCGAAGAUGACGCAGCUCUGGACUCGGCGCCUGACAUGUUGAGCGGAGACAUUUAUGAAUGCGAGGAGCCAGUGGUGACCCCGGAAGACGAAGCAGCUCUGUUGCAUUUCGUUUGUGAAGCUGAGCAAGCGAUGAACUCGAAGGAGAUACCAUUCAAGCCCGUCGAGGAGUGGUUGCUGGGCGUUUAUCAUUCUUGGUGUGAAAUAAGUGCUCUCAUGUAUACUCUUAUCGGGACCAAUAUGAGCGUGGAUAUGGUGAAGUCCGACUGGUCGUACCGCGCCCGCUUCGGCUGCCACUGCCGCCUGUGCCUGUCGCUCGCCAACAACGCGUCGGCGUUGCACCGCUUCCUGGCGGCGCUGCUCGCCGACCUCGCGCACGGUGGCAACACAGUCUCCAUCGGUGCGAAUAUAGUUCGAGCGCUUCGCCUCACUCCGGGCAGGGAUAGUCGGCCAGCUGAUUGGGACCUCCAGAGGCUACAGCGUGUCAAAGUUUGUGAUGACGGUGCCUCGAUUAUUCAGAAUCAUCUAAUAAGGUUAGCGCGUGAGAAUGAAGUGGCCGACCAGAUCGUCAACAGCAUCUGUCUCUGUCGGGUUUAUGAACGACCGUUUGAUAAGCAAUACGCGAUGGAGAGAUUGUGCAAGUUGUUGGAUAAUUUUAAGACCGCUUCGUCUAUUACUUUUAAGGUGGAGAUGGUCCCGGAGGAGGGCGCGGGCGGCCCCGGGGCGGCGCGCGCGGCGUGGGGCGAGGCGGCGCGCGCGCGGCUGGCGCGCUGCCUGGCGCCGCACCAGCGCCGCUCCACCAGCGAGCGGCUCGCGCACAUGGCUGCGCGCACCGCGCCGCACGACCUAAGCGCUUGGUCGGGCUACAAACAUCGCUGCGACUGUCUCACUCCGAGGACCCUGUGCGCUCAACAACGAAAGCAACUGCUGAGAAUAUCAUUCUUCGGUAUGAUGCAAACGGUGAACGAAUUCAAUGGAUCCAAGGAUGUGUUGGACAAGGCGAUAGACUCGAAGCCUGACAGUUCGAGCAGGGAGUUGCAGCAAGGGGACGGAACGGGCGCCAAGCCUCCCGAUACGUUCGAGGAUCGUCUGAGCAAGUCGAACUCGGGUUUGGAUAUGAGCGACUCGAACUUCACGGAUGACCUUGACGACAGCUCGUCGUCGUCCCCGUCGUCGUCGUCGGGCUCGGGCGGCGGGCGCCUGUGCCGCUCCGUGCGGCGCCUCAUGCGCUCCAUCGCCGCCAUCGAGCGCCUCAUGGACCGCGUGCUGCGCCACUGCGACCGCUGGACCGACCGCGACGCCAGACGUCGCGUGCACGCCGGUCUGUCGGAAGUGGAUCGCAAGCUGAUGGCCAUGUACCGACGCCUGCCCGACGUGCACCGAAGACAGUUGCAGCUCUAUCGGAAGCAGAAGAGGUUAUCCACGGUGUGCACGCAGCUGGUGGGCGGGCCGGCGCCGGCGCCGCCGCCGCCCGGCUCGCCGCCGCCCGCGCCGGCGCACGCGCCGUGCCGCCUGCUGUGCCCCGAGUACCACCUGCAGCGCUUCAAGGAGGUGCGUGUGAGCGGCGCGGCGCGCGGGAGCCGGCCGCCCUCUACCGUGUGCGUGUCGUUUCAGGUGCGGCGGAAGGUGAUGCACAUGCGCGACCAGCAGCUCUACUACCAUCGGCUGCGGAUGUGGCUCGAGGACCAGCUGCGGCAGGAGAGGGAAAGCUUACCAGAUUGCAACGUGUCAGAUCUACCGAAACGGAAACGUCGUAAUUUGAGUCCAAAAUUACAGAAAAUGGCAUCAGCUCCGAAACGAAAAUUAAAACCUCAACUAUCCCAAUCGAUCAUCAAACCCCAUAAAAUAUUACAAAUGCUCAAAAGUAAAGUCUCCCACCACAACCAGGACAUCAAAUCCCCCUACAAGGAAAUAGAUAGCGCUAAAUCAGAAGCGGAACCGCCGGAAGCGUUCCCGUUAGACAAGGAAGACAAUAUAAGCGAUACGGAAACGAUAGUAGGCGAAAGAGAGACGGGUGAUAUUUGCAAAGAGAUGAAGGAAUGUCUCGCUAAAUUCGCUAAUUUUGCACUGAAUAGUCCAGAGGGAAAUCCGAAAGAGGAAUACGAGAUGCAAACGGACAUAGACGGCAAAUAUCCCGAUUCGGUGAGUCCACCGUUGCAAGAAAUGUCGCCGACCACCACCGAGCCGAUUCCAGUCUACACGCAGAAAUCUCAGAGGAUCAUAGCUGUUAAUAAAAUAUUUAAUAAAGAUGACAAAGUAAUUGACUUUCAGUCUCAAGUGCCGGAUAUUAAUGUGCCGUUGAAUGCGCGAGCGCAAGCGAGGGAUGCGAAUGAAACGAAAGAGACGGACAAUAACGAAGGUAAAGACGAAGAGGACGUAGAUGUAUUCAAAUAUGUUAUAUUCGGUUUGAAAAUUAAAAAAGCAAUGGAGGAAUGUCAGAAUAUAAUCAACUCAUAUAACAAGGACGCCAAGAAGAGAGACGACGACGAGCCUCCCACUCUGGAGCAAAUCGUCGAAGUCAUGCUGACGCUGGACAAGAAUUCUGCGGAGUUUCUAGAAAAAAUGGACGCGGACGAUCCGAUUGAUAUGAACGUUGCGAUGUCGAAACUGUCGGAGCUAGUCGAGAAUAUGCCGCAAACGUUGGCGAAUAUGCCGGAGAUCGCGUCGAAGUUGUCCGAAUUCGCAAACGCCAGCACCGAACUACCAGAAUUCGCGUCCAUUAUGAAUAGUCUACCGGAUGUCAAUAAUGACGCUCAAUUGACGCCGGAAACGCUGAAACAGAUUCGCGAAUUGAAACUUUCGAAGCGUGACAACAUUAAAGUAACGAAAAACACUGCCAAGCGUAAAAUUAACCGUAGAUAUAAGACUGAUGACGAUGUCUUCGAAUUCGAAGGUAUCACCGAAAUACUAAAUGAUGAAAAAGAUUUGCAGAACAUUGUUAAGAGUAAAAACAAUAAGGACGACUUCAAAGAUUUUCUAUUUUCUACAUCAGCUCAAGUAGUUAUUAAUAAGGCUUUCGAUUACCUCAAACAGAAUAAAAGUCCGGAACUGUCGAAGUUUCUGGAAGAAGGCAAGGAACUGCUGUUUCUGCCGCGCAAUAGUUUAAACACGGAAAUGUAUUCAAAAGCUUCGACGUUGUUCGAUAAUUCCGUUAAGGAUGCGCUAAGUAUGACCGAGUUGCGGGAUAUCGUAAAAUCGAGGUUCAAUUCAUGGAAACACAACGUCGCAACCAAACUUAAAAGUAUACCAAUUGAUAUAUUAGAAAAUGAAAUUGAAGUAAUGUUAGACAAAUUCUACUCAUCGAUUCAAGACCUCGCGUCGAAGCAGUGCAACAGCGAAAGUGAUAAAAUUAUCGAAAAGAUAGAUGAACUAAAUAGAAACAAUGAUGAUUCAGAUAACGAAGGGUGUUCGGCUUCGAAAGAAACGCUUAAACAGAUAAAUAAAUUACUGAGCACGUUUGCUGGUAACACUCUAGAUUUGUUAAUAGUUAAAUUGUCGAAAAUGUCCGACGAUAAAAAGUCGGCUGUGAAAAGUCUCAAGUUUAAAUAUCUGGACGUCGUCCGACGAUGUGCCGAGUCACAGCAGCUUGUGACCUGGAUAUUUCUGGAUCCGGAAAUAGCUAUCAAUGUUAUCCAGGAAUUGACGGGAUUGGAAGUAAGGAAGUUAGACAAUGCUCCGGAUUUUUCGACGAUGUCCAACGAUAGAAAGAAAGAUUAUUUCAUGAAUCGUUUGAAAGAAACAAAUCGACAGUACAUGGAGACGUUACCCAAAAAGGGCUUAACCGGAGACGAAUGGCUCGUAAUGUUGUAUAGAUUAGAGCAAUUGGAAGACAUGCUGAGAGACUCGUUCUCCAAAAUGGCUCCGCCCACCAAAGUCGUGCAAACUCAAGCGAGCGAAGCAGAGAUCCUCGCAGCUCGAGGUCUAAGCAAGAUUAUCGGCAAAGCGAACGUUAGAAUCGUCAAGAAGACAAACCAGGAACCGCCGAAACCCGUCAAGAAAGAGGAAAUACCGCCGCAUAACGAGGACGACGAUAAAAAGUGCAAGAGUUACGCUCUUCUAGCGAAAUGCGAAGCGGUACUCACUUCGAAGGGGGAAAAAUCCCUCUUAGAUAGUUUCAAUGCCAUAAAGUCGUACAUAACGCAAGGCCUUCCCGUCCCGGAGACAUAUAAAAAACACGUAAUCACAAUAUGUUCGAGCAUCGACGCCAAAUUGCUGGAUAUAGAAGAAACGCUGAAAACGGACGAAGUGGAAACUGAUUUGAAAGACAAAGACAAGGAGCUGGUGGCGAAGUAUUCGGCGCAGGCGCUCCGAAACGCGAAGCAGACGCUGAACGCCGUCGCGUUCAGGAACAUGUCGAGGAACGGCCAGACGAAGUCGGAGAGCGACGUCUGCGAUACGCCCAAGAACAGCUGCAAGUGGACGAACGACUGCGUCUGUGAUGCGUGUAAAGAUUCCGACGUCUCGUCCGUGUGCUUGGGCGAUAUAGUGAAGUGCUACGACGAUAAAAACAAGAACGUUCUAGACGACAAGAAGAAGGAGAAGAAGGUGGUGCAGAAGCCGAAACAGCCGCCGAAGGCCUGCGAGAACGGGAGCCAUCAGCAGCAUGUCUGUAAAGUUGGCCACGGAAGCUGUGCUGGCGAGGGUCCCGCCGACCAGCCCUGCAACUGCUGCUAUUGCACCGUAUUCGGACAUGCGCCGCCAUUAACGACACCGGUGCCGCGUAACUUCAACGAGACGAGGGAAAGAUUACGAUCUAUAUUAAAUAAGAAGAAACAGAAAUGUAAAACGAAUGGAGAAGUUGAUUCCACCCCCGAGCGGUCGCCUCCUCAGCUGCCAUCGGCUCCGCAAACUCCCCAAGCCCCAUUGACCCCGCAGCAAUCUUCAACACCACCAGCCCUCCCCAAGACUCUUCCGCCGACGCUGACACCUGCGCAGGCGCAGCAGAAGCGGCAGGCGAUCGAGAACCAACAGAAACAGCUAGCCGAUAAAAUGGCGAAGAUGGUCGUGACUGAGAAACCGGAAAUUAAACCAAAGUUGCAGGCGCUCCAGCGCUCGAUACCCGUCCAGGUGAAUUUGCAGGCAGCGUUGAAGGCGGAGGGGAAGGUUAAUGCGAACGCAAUGGAACAGAUACGAUUGCAGCAUUACAAACAGCAGCAGCAGCAGGCUCAAAUGCAACAGAUGCAGCAGCAGCAAGCCCAACAGCAGCAGCAAGGGCAACAGCAGCAACAGCAGCAGCAGCAGCAGCAGCAACAGCAGCAACAGCAGCAGCAGCAACAAAAUAAACCGGAACCGAUAUACGACUUGCCGAUACACAACAAACCAACUCUAACGCCCGAACAGCAACAGCAGAUCAGAGAACAACAGCAAGAAAGGCACGACGCACUGAUCCGACAACGUCAGAUGCAGCUUCAUAAACAACAUCACCUGCAGCAGCAACAACUGCUACAGAAGGAAUACCAGAUGAAACAACAGCAGAAACAAUUAUUGAAACAACAGCAGCAGCAGCAGCAGCAGCAACAACAAAAGCAGCAGCAGCAGCAGCAACAACAAAAGCAGCAACAACAACAGCAGCACCAACAACAACAGCAGCAGCAGCAACAACAACAACAACAACAGCAGCAGCAGCAGCAGCAGCAGCAACAACCACAGCAACAGCAAAUGCGACAGAGUCGACAGCAACAGAACACGGCUUCGAUGUCAAGUAGAGAUACUAGCGUGUUCUCAACGAGCUCCGGGUGUUCAGGUGGCUCGUGUUGGCGAGGUCGCGGUGGUUGCAAUAACAGGGCGGAGGACCCUCGCGAUCUGGACGCGCUCCUGCAGUACAUCGAGGGUCCAGCAAGGCACGUGGACAGGGGCAAGAAACGAGCGAAGAAACAGCGCCAGAAAGCUAAGAAGACGGAGUCGCGCCUGCUGAGCCAGCUGGAGCAGCUGCGGCGCGAGCUGUGCGACGCGCGCGCCACGCACGCGGCGCUGCACGGCGCGCACGCGGCCGCCGCGCGAGACCUGCACGCCGCGCGCGCCGCGCUCGCCGCGCGCAAGCGAGGCAAGAAGCAGAAACUAAAUCCGGCCCAGCAGGCGAAAAUGCAACUGGUGGCGGAGCAGCUCGGGGACUGCACGACUCUCGUCAAUACGACUGCCAAGGAGCUGUCGGCGGCGGAGCGGCGCGUGGCGGAGCUGGCGCGGCGGCUGGCCGAGUGCCAGCGCGGGCUGGCCGAGGCGCGCGCGCUGCAGGGCGCGCCGCCCGCCGAGCGCCCGCGGACGCGAGAGAUGGAACCAGAAAUCGAGACGAUACAUCGGCCGGUCGCACCGGCACUCACCGACGAUCUCACCGUGUUGAAAAUGAGUGAAAAUCGAACUCAAGCCCAGAAACAGACGGAGAGUCAGAAGAAACAGUCGUGGGAGCAAGCGAUCGCUCACAUCAACCAGCUAGCCAAGGGAUCCGUGAAAGAGAAGAAGAAACAGAAAGAACCGCAACCGAAACCGGAGGAGAAGCCGAAGGAGAAGAAAGUCACACCGCCGGUCGUCGAACCCCAACCGAUGUCUAAUAAACAAAGGAAAUUGUUAGCUAAGCAACAGGCAGAAGAAGAGGAAAGAAAGAAGCAGCAGCAGCAGCAGCAGCAGCAGCACCAGCAGCAGCAGCAACAAGAAGCUAAGGUCAAGAAGGAGAAGAAACCGGAACCACUGAAAGUAGAGAACAAUAAAAAGGACAAGAACGAAACGAAGAAGGAGGAACCGAAGAAGAAGAAAGAUGAAAGGAAAGAGGUUAAGAAAGAAGAUAAGAAGGGAAAAGAGAAUAAACAGGAAGGGAAAGCGACACCAUCAACGAAAGCGAAAGCCGCACAACAACAACAGCAUCAACAACCAUCCAAUAAGAAGGAGAAGAAGAAGGAGACUCAAGUAAAACCUCACGUCAUCAACAUAACCCCGGACACGACAUUAGAGAUUGUUACUAAAAAGAACCAAAGUACGAGUGAACCAGAGAAACUUGCAUCUUGCAGCAUCAUGGAGCAACUCAGUAGUGGUGUCCAAGUUGCGGAUCUCAAACUACCGCCCGGCAUAACGCUCACGCGUGUCCAACCUAACGAGAAGAAGGAGGCGCCCGUCAUCAAGUCUGUCCCGCUGUGGCGCCACAGCCAGCUCGAGGCGGCGCCCACGCCCGCGCCGCGCGCGCCGCCCGUCAUCACCGCCGACCCCUCGCUCAUGAUGUUCUCCACGCACGCGCACAACGAACCACCGAAGACGAUCAUCGUGCCGGAGGCGCCGCCUCAGCCCGCCGGGAAGUCGAAGAAGGCCAAGAAGAAGGCCAAGAGAGCCGCAGCGGAGACGACGGAGCAGAGACACGAGGGAGCCAAGAUGGUCACCCUGCGGAACCCCAUGUUCCACCCGAACCUCCCUCCCGUGCAGAUCGCGAACCCCGCGCAGAGCAAGGCCGAGAUCCGGAUCCCCGAUCCCAUCCCCAUGCCGCCGGCCCCCUGCCAGGCCACCAUCACCCCCACGUCGAACGGGAUGUACACCAUCCGGAACCCGUUGAUGUCGAUGAUGCACCAGCAGAACCUGAUGGGUAUCAGGAACCAGAAUCCUCAGAUGACGCCCGCCUUCAACCAGCCCCAGUACAACUACGUCAACCCGAACGUGUACACGCCGCAAGCGUACGCGGAACCCGCACGCAACUCCCCCAAGAUGCCCGAAAACGAUUUCCAGAACCGCAUCAUGAAUCUGGCGUCGUUCACGCAGAAGAACGACGAAGGGUACUCCCUGUUCAAAACGCCGGACGAGAAUCCACAGAAAAGUUUUCUGACGCCCGAAUACUUCGACGAUCAGGCCCCGAAGGUCGUGUCCCCCAACCCGAUAGGCACGCGACCGGACCACAACCGGAACUACGAAAACGAUUCCCUGUUCGCGAAUCCGAUCCAGCGCCCGGAGCCGAUCGGCACUCCUCUGAAGAAGGACGAGGAGAAGCAGUACUGCGGGCUGUACACGCCCUUCGGGCAGGAGGACAGGAACGUCUUCCGAAACGCACUGUUCAACGACAAGCAGGAACCGAACCCGCACUCGAAGGUCGACGAGUCCACUCCCUACGUGAACGGGGAGCUGCCGUAUUUCCAGAGAUUGAGAGCGGGCUCGAAGCUGAACAACGAAGUGACCAUCCACUACGUCACGGACUCCAAAUUCUACAAAGGGCAGGAGGCCUGCGAGCGCGAAGAGUCGCUGUUCUCCCGCCCGCAGCCCCGCGCGUGGCCCGAGCGCCCGCACAGCCACAGUGUCCAAUCGUCCGUGAGCUCGAUGACGUGCGAGAGCGCCUGCGACAGCGGCGGGACUUCGCCCCCCCAACAUAGACCCGAAUCCAGCGUGUUCCUGCCGGACCGCAGCAUCACCAACCUCUCGUCUCUCGAAGUCUCCGAACGGGAGAUCGAGUCUUUCAAGCGGUUCGACUUCUACUUCGAGCCGCCGCAGCACAAGCCGAAGGUGCAGCUCGACGUGCGCGACAUCGCGGCCGCGCUGCGGCACCACCAGAAGUAGGGCUCCGCCCUCGCGCGCCGCGACCGCCGCGACCGCUGAUGUCACAAACGAUUAUAUUUAUUUGUAAAGUUUAGUUUAACAUCGGGCGGCGUCUCAGGCCCCUAUGUAAUAAAAAAUAAAUUAGACACCUGGGCCCCCGAGCUUGGGGCCCCGCACCACCGUGUCCCAGGCAGCUUUAAUCAUUUGAAAAACUCCUCACGAACAUUUCACACAAGAAGGCAGAAUUAUAUUUGUAAUAUAAAACUGCAUCAAUAAUAAGUGACUAAAAAGAACCGGAUCGUGCCGACCGUGAGGACACCAGCUCCGCGGGAUCAGAGGGACGGUUCCGAUUCCCUCGCGAGACUCGACUUGAACUGACGUUGCGAGUUCAACAACGACGCUCGAAAACUUAAACGAACUCCCGUUUGACUGAAGAGUGAAAACUACGACAGAUCGGGUCACACAGAACAGGACGGACAGAUCUGCCGUCUCGCUCUACCGUCCGUGACGGGUUCGCAGUUAGCGGACGUGUCUAGGGAGACGGGUGUUCACGUAACGACAACUCAUUACACACGCUCGGUGCGUCGGCUGGCGAGGAGUUAGCCGAGGGUUGGCCGACGGAACUCGGAAGCUUCAAACUGUUGGCGUCGCGUCCAUGUUGUAACGCGUUACUGCGUUACUUUACACGGAGUGACAACACACGAGAACUGCCUCUUGCCAGACUGCCGUUAUGCUUCUUGCAAAAAAGUUAGAACCGUUUUACUUCAUUCGCACGGAUCCGAGUUUUGAGAGUGACGUCAGCCCCGUAUAGAGAACUUGGGAACGCCGAGCGCUCCUUGCGUAACAACGUUCUCUGUGAUUUUCACGAUUCCGCAUCACAAGAAACUCGCUCGGAGUUAUCGAGUUCGGGUCGAGAUUCCGGAACCGCGGGGGGAAGUUGUACAAAAGUGACAAAUUAUAACGAAAUUCCGACAAGAUAUUGCUACGAUCUAACGCUCGUGCUGGAAUUAUUGGCAAAAUGUGCUUCGGAAUGAACUCGACACGACACGACAGAAACGCCUCGAUCGGAGCGAAGGUUUCGCAACGAAUACGAUCGAGGGUCGCCAUAUUCGCUCAGUCGACUCGAGGUCGACUGACUUUCGAAACCGACAAGCGAUCCACUCGGAGACCGAUGUCGGCUCGAGCCGCUUCUGCCGAUGAAUGUCAUUCUAAAGCCGAACGUGAAGGUGUUCCGGGUGUGUCCCGGAAACGGAACGGACUAGUAUUUUAAGCGCCACUUUAUAUAUAUCGGUAGCACGAGGAUCUGUCCGUUUGUGUAUCGCAGACCAGUGCUAUGGGUUGUAAGAUUAUGAAUAAGAAAUGUGUAUAUUAUAGCCA